AAAAAUGAGGUCGAUUCUGAGGCUAAUGUGCCGUUUUUCUAGUCUUCGAACGUAAUAUUUAAUAAUUUCGCGAAAUUACUGUUUUAUGAAGCAUCAUAAAAAAAUUAUACUAAUUUUGACUUAAGUUUAUUAGAAAAUUAAUUGAUAUUGGUCCUUACAAUAAAAAUUUCACAUGGGUACCAAGUUUAAAUUUUAGAGAUAACUUAGAAAAUAGCGCCUCAAAAUCAACCCCUGUGACAGCAACUAUAAAAAAAUUUUUAGUUUCUCGCAAACUAUUUGCGGGAAAGAAAAUUAAUGUAGUUGUUAAACUUAAUUAUUACACAAUAAUAAGAAAUUUUUCUUGAUUAUUCUGUGUGUGUCUGGCAUCUCUAAAUAGAUUUUCUAAUAAUAACUAGUUCUUAAUUGUACAACGGUGAAUAUUCUCGACAAUGGAUAUCUCUACGUUUUGCCGCGAACUUCCAAAAAUUGAAUUGCAUGCUCAUUUGAAUGGCUCUCUAAGUAUGUCUACAAUGAUGGAACUGCAAAGAUAUCUGGCAGAUUCUGGUGUGAGAGAUGAAACAAAUGUUUUUACUGAUGAAUUUGUAUUAAGUGCUGGGGACACAAGAACAAUGGAAGAUUGUUUUCAAGUAUUUGGCAUUGCACAUGCUUUAACAUGUACUCCUGGGGCAUUAGAAAUUGCUACAUAUCUGACACUACAGGAGUUUGAAGCUGAUGGUUGUUGCUACAUUGAGCUGCGAAGUACUCCUCGAGAUACACCUCACAUGACUAAACAACAGUAUAUCACAGCUAUUCUACAGGGUAUAAAAAAGUUUUCUUUACAACACACUAUGGAAUCAAGACUUAUAAUAUCAGUAAAUAGAAAUUCAAAUAAGGAAGAAGCUGAAGAGAUAGCAGAUUUAACAAUAGAGUUUUACCAAAAACAACCAGAAUUGGUAGUUGGGAUUGAAUUAAGUGGCAACCCUACUAUUGGAGAAUUUCAAAUGUUUGUACCAACAUUAACAAAAGCUAGACAAGCUGGACUAAAGGUAACACUUCACUGUGGCGAAAUUUGCAAUCCGAAAGAAAUACUAGAAAUGAUUAAUUAUAAACCAGAUAGAAUUGGCCAUGCAAUUUGCAUUCAUCCAAAAUAUGGCGGUACUGACGAAUUAUGGGCAGCUUUGUGCAAGUCUUCAAUACCAGUAGAAGUGUGUCUUACUAGUAAUGUUAACACCAAAAGUGUUCCCAGCUAUGAUUCUCAUCAUUUUAAAUUAUUAUAUGAUGCUAACUUACCCGUCGCUAUAAGUACAGACGAUAAAGGAGUAUUUGCAACAUCUCUUUCUCAAGAAUAUACAUUAUGUGCUGAAACAUUUAAUCUUGAUAAAGCCCAGAUAGCUCAAUUAGCACUUAGCACUUGUAAAUAUGUGUUUGAUACAAGCAUACGCGAGAAGAUUCAAGAAAAUGUUAUUGAAUUUACAAAUAAAAAUGGCAUAAAGCUGUUUGUUUAAUCACUAAA